AUGGCCGCGACCGACGGUCAGAUCGUGGUUGCGGCGGCACGCUGGCCGGAGGAAGCGACCUACCUACGGGAAUUCGUGUCCAAGUAUCGUUUGCCGGCGGUGAUCAAGAUCACGAAGGGCCAGUACGGUGGUCUCGGUGUGCCGACCCUGCCAGCGCCGAGUUUGCAGAGCACAGCCCUGUUGGUGUCCGCGGGACGUCGACGUAAGAUCGUCGCCCAGGCAGUGAAGAUCAAAGAGGGUCGCAGAGUGGUGGGCGUAGGGCCCAGAUUGGCCAUACCGGACUCGUACGCGGGCUACUUCGAGAUACUGAGCGAAGAGGGCAGGGCGGUGCGUGGGAUCGAGUCCGUGACCGAGCUGUGCCGUAGAUGUCCGGAAGAGGGAGCGCUGGUGCGCGAGACGGUGCGCGGUAUAGCAUGCCGUGUGGACGACGAUUCGGGCCUAGUUGUCCCCGAGGGGACUAGAACACUGGCGGCGGGUGAGACGAUCGUGACAGCCGGGGAGGUGACAUUGCCUGGCCGCGGUCGGUUCCUUCGUUGCGUCGAUUGUCGCGGGGAUAGCGUGCUGCUGGGGAUGGAUCAGCGCGGUCGUUUCAGCGCGUUAGCGCGCGAGGACAACAUCAGCGGCGUGCACACCGCUCGUGCGUUGCUCAGCAAGCGUUUGCCGUUGACCGUCCGAUUGGUGCACGGUCAGCCGCCCAGAGGGCUGAAAUCCUCGUCGCAGUUCGUCCCGGAGCUGAGGCUGUUGUCCACGUUCGAGGAGGAGCACGUGUUCGCUUUGCCGUUGCAACGUGAGGGCGCGGCUGUCGCGUUGCCGUUGGCCGCUCCGUUGAAGCUUGUCAAAGCGAGGAACGAGGAGGCGCUCAGGUCGAUGCAAGAGUUCACGAGGCUGGUGGAAAGGGCCUCGCGUCUGGUCGCCGACGUGGCCGAUCGUGCUCACGUCCUGGACGGCCGCCUAGGCGAGAGCAAGCCGUCCAGACAGACGCGAAGCGGCUCCGGCGGUUUCCUCAGGCGAUCUUCCACCAACUCGGACAACGGACCGUUGAACCAUCAUCGAAACAACGCCGGACACCAUCAUCAUCACCAUCAUUAUCACAGCAACGGGCAUCAGGCGUCCUCGGGACACGCGGCCUACCGGGACGAGAAUCGCGUGCCACCGUCCGCCUGCACCGAGGAGUACGACGAGAUCGAUCAGAUUUACGAUUACGUUCGCGGUUUCGCCCCGUUGCCUAAAAGCGUCAGGUCGCCUUACGAGAGCCCGCUGGCCGGAACCCAAGGCUCCAGUCCGCCGUUGACGCCCGUCACGGUGACGAUCGCGCCGCUGCUGGACGACAGACCGGAACCGCCGCCGAUCGAGACCAUACCGACCAAGAAGAUCCAGGCGGAGAAGAGGACGCGGCGAGCCGUUAAAGAGGCGCCGCAACCGAGGGUCGAGAAACCGCCGCUGGCGAAGCUUUACGUGAAGAACAGCGGCACCCAACGGGGACGUCCGCUGAUGAGGCAGAAGAGCGCGUCCCCGUUGAAGGAGACGCCGCCCGGAUACAAAGGGGGAUCUCCGCUUUUCAAUAUACGAUACAAGAGUCUGACGAACCUGCAGCAGGCCAUGGAGCUGGACGGAACGCUGGACUCGAGCCAUUCCGGGGGUAGGACAUCGGGGGACUCCGGUGCUGGUGCUAAGCUGCCAGAAAAAAGAUCGCGGCGUUUGAGCAGACCGCGUUCGCUGACGAAUUUAGUGUGGGAGCUACGGGGCGGAAGUGGGCUGGGCUGCACGAGACCGGAAACACCGCCACCGGCCACAGCAGCGCCGCUGCCACCGAGUAAAUGCGGACCGCGUCUGGCUGUCACCGUGGUGGCACCUCGGCGUGUCGGCACGCUCUACCUCUAACUCAUUCGAAACGACGAAGGGCUGAAGAAGGCACAGAGCGGUCCGGAUGGCGACGCCAUGGAUCUCCGAUGUCUUCGACUCAAUCAAAAA